GACGACAUGUCACCGGAAGUUAACAUAUAGAGACAGCAGGAUCCUGAACCGCAGCAGCACCAUUACCAAACAAAAGCUAGUGCAUCGUGUGUGAUUGUUUUUCACCUUAAAUUGUUUUGUAUUCGGCUAUCGACUGCUUGAAGAAGGUAACAUUUGAAAGUUGUGAUAAUGGGCAGGAGCAGAAGUCGAACUCCUCCCAGACGAGAGAGGAGGCGUUCCCGAUCUAAUUCCAGGGAGCGUGAGCGAAGGAGGAGGGACCGGGAUCGAUCUCGAUCUCGUGAUCGGGACCGUGAACGCCGGAGGAGUCGCUCUCGGUCUCCUCACAGGAGGCGCUCAAGGUCUCCUCCUAGACGUCACCGCUCCUCCUCCCUCUCUCCCACCAGAAAAGAUGGCAAAGACGGCAAGGACAAGUCAAAGCCCAUUCAGAUCUCAGCUGAAGACAUGCAAGGCAAAACAGAGGAGGAAAUAGAGAUGAUGAAACUGAUGGGAUUCUCUGGGUUUGAAACCACCAAGGGGAGGAAAAGUGAUGGAUCAGCCAAUGCGCAUGCUGUCAAUGUGACCAUGAAGAGGAAAUACAGACAGUACAUGAACAGGAAAGGUGGAUUCAACAGACCACUGGAUUUCAUCGCCUAAGAGGAUCAACAACUCACUGUGUCACCCGAGAAGAUAAUAUCCAUUCUAGUAGUGAAAUAUCUCGUGUCAUGAUCUGUUUAUUCCCAACAUGCUUAGUGUUACGCAAUGGAUGUGUAUAUAACAUUUUAAGUCAAAAUACAUGUAAAUAGUAUUACUUGCUAUGAGCCACAGCUGAAUAUUGCUAGGAGAGCUGCUGUGGCGUCAGUGCUUGGAGCUUUUUGUUGUUGGAGUGUAUUUGAAAUAAAAUCAUUUAAACUUG